AUGAAAGUUUGCGAAAAAGUACAGCAAAAAGGCACUACUACAUAUAAUGAGGUGGUCGCGGAUGAGCUGGUGCGAGAAUUUAGCGGCGAUCCUGAUCGAGGAAUGCCUUCGAAUGAUCAGACUUACGAUCAAAAGAAUAUUAGGCGUCGAGUUUAUGAUGCUUUAAACGUUUUAAUGGCGAUGAAUAUAAUUUCGAAAGAAAAGAAAGAGAUAAAAUGGAUUGGACUACCCACUAAUUCUGCUCAAGAAUGUGACACAUUAGAAAAAGAACUAGGGACUUUAAGAGAUAGAGUUCAGGAAAAGAAGGAGCGUUUACGUGAACUUAUCAUUCAGCAAUAUGCAUAUAAAAAUUUAGUGAAAAGGAAUCGCGAAAGAGAGAAUGAAAAUGCGUUAAAAGAAAACUCUUGCAUUCAGUUACCGUUUGUUGUUAUUAAUACGAGCAAGCAAACCGUGAUUGAUUGUAGUAUUUCCAAUGACAAAUUUGAGUAUUUAUUCAAUUUUGAUAACACCUUUGAGAUACAUAACGACAUUGAAAUUCUAAAACGGAUGGGUAUUGUAUCAAGUGAUGUGCUGGAUACCACUGGUAAUUUAAAUGUGAAGGAGUUGGAGGAAAUUAAAACUAUUGUACCGAAAUCUGUAGGGGAUAACGUUCCAGGUACGUUCAAUAAUUUUACCAGUGUUGAUAACAUUUCCUUAUGA